AUGGCUAACGCCCAGCGCGUGCUCGUCACCGGUGGCCUCGGCUACAUUGGCUCGCAUGUCGUCCUCACCCUGCUCCUGUCGGGCCGCUACGUCCCGAUCGUCAUUGACAACUGUCACAACGCGUACCCCGAGGCGGUCAAGCGUGCCGCCGAGAUUGCGCGCGAUGAGAUGGGGGAGAAGGCGGUCCAGCCCAUCUUCCACAAGGUCGACCUGCGCAACCCCGCCGAGAUCGAGGACGUGUUCGCCAAGUACGACGCCGAGGGCGGUAUCUGGGGCGUGGUGCACCUGGCGGCGCUGAAGGCGGUGGGCGAGUCGAGCGAGAUCCCGCUGCAGUACUACCGCGUCAAUGUCGGGGGCAGCAUCACGCUGCUGGAGACGAUGGCGCGGCACAACUGCGACAACAUUGUCUUCUCCUCCUCGGCGACCGUGUACGGCACGCCCGAGAUCAUCCCCAUCCCCGAGUCGUCCCCCGUGCAGCCCGAGAGCGCCUAUGGCAAGACGAAGGGCAUGGUCGAGGUCAUCCUCCAGGACGUGUGUCGCUCGGGCACCGACGAGCGCCCCCAGCCCCUCAAGGCCGUCAGUGUGCGCUACUUCAACCCCGCCGGCGCGCACCCGAGCGGUAAGCUGGGCGAGGAGCCGCGCGGCAAGCCGGGCAACCUCCUCCCCCUCCUUGCGCAGAUGGCGGUGGGACGCGAAAAGUCCGACCUCAAAGUGUUCGGAAACGACUACCCCGGCAGCCCCGACGGCACCUGCGUGCGCGACUAUCUGCACAUCAUGGACCUGGCGCAGGGCCACGUCCUCGCCCUUGACGCGAUGGCCGUUCCCACCUCGGACCCGUCCAGCAUCUACAGCAGCUGCGAUCCCAAGAAGGACGGGCUGUACCGCAACUUCAACUUGGGAAGGGGCAAGGGCCAGAGCGUGCUGACCAUGAUCGAGGCGAUGCGCAAGGCCACAGGCUUCGAGUACAAGUACGAGGUCGUCGGACGCCGUACGGGCGACGUGCCCGAACUCACGGCCGACCCCGCGCUCGCGGAGAAGGAGCUCGGAUUCGUGGCCAAGAGGGAUCUCGAGGAGAUGUGUCGCGAUCUCUGGAACUUCCAGACCAAGAACCCGAAUGGGUAUGAGCCGAGCGCGUAA